AUGCCGAAGCCUGCGCGCGCUGAGAUCAGCGCGCCCAGGCUUCCGCGGACCUCUCCGCGAGCAGCGGCAGCGCUGCCGCUGCUUGCGGAGAGUUGCCGGCAUGCCGAGCCUGCGCGCGCUGAGAUCAGCGCGCCCAGGCUCCGCGGACCUCUCCGCGAGCAGCGGCUAGCGCUGCCGCUGCUUGCGGAGAGUUGCCGGCAUGCCGAGCCUGCGCGCGCUGAGAUCAGCGCGCCCAGGCUUCGCGGACCUCUCCGCGAGCAGCGGCAGCGCUGCCGCUGCUCGCGGAGAGUUGCCGGCAUGCCGAAGCCUGCGCGCGCUGAGAUCAGCGCGCCCAGGCUCGCGGACCUCUCCGCGAGCAGCGGCAGCGCUGCCGCUGCUCGCGGAGAGUUGCCGGCAUGCCGAAGCCUGCGCGCGCUGAGAUCAGCGCGCCCAGGCUCCGCGGACCUCUCCGCGAGCAGCAGCAGCGCUGCCGCUGCUCGCGGAGAGUUGCCGGCAUGCCGAAGCCUGCGCGCGCUGAGAUCAGCGCGCCCCGGCGCCGCGGACCUCUCCGCGAGCAGCGGCAGCGCGCUGCCGCUGCUCGCGGAGAGUUGCCGGCAUGCCGAAGCCUGCGCGCGCUGA